UCUGUCCCCCCCCCCGUCGGACUCGUGUUUUUCCGCCUGGAUGUGGGUUAGAUGUCACAUUGUGCAUCAUUUAACCAGGACCUCGCGUCUCUUUAGUCGGAAAAAAAACCAGUUAAUGCUUUUAAUGUACUGACGAGAAUCUCUGGCCGCCAAUUGGAGCUCGUGGAUCUCGUUUGUAUACAGAGGCAUUACAUGUCAAGUCAGCCGAAGAAACUGUGCACCGAAAAUAUGUCGAUGAAAAAGAUAGGAACUCACAACGGGACUUUUCAUUGCGAUGAAGUUCUGGCUUGUUUUUUCCUCCAACAGUUGCCAGAGUACAAGGAUGCUGCGAUAGUUCGGACGAGGGACCCGGCUCAGCUGGCAGAGUGUGACAUUGUUGUCGACGUGGGUGGAGAGUUUGACCCAAAGAGGCAUCGUUAUGACCACCAUCAGAGGACCUUCAGUGAGAGCUUCCACAGCCUGUGCCCAGAGAAGCCGUGGGUCACCAAGCUGAGCUCAGCCGGGCUUGUAUACCUGCACUUCGGCCGUCAGCUGUUGUGCCAGCUCACCCAGCUGAAGGAGGAUGACAGGCAGCUGGAGGUCCUCUAUGACAAGCUGUAUGAGAACUUUGUGGAGGAGGUGGAUGCUGUAGACAACGGCAUUUCACAGUAUGAAGGAGAGGCCCGCUACACAGUCUCCACCACGCUGAGCGCACGUGUGAGCCACCUGAACCCACGCUGGAACAGUACGAGUCAGGACACAGAGGAAGGCUUCAGAAAGGCCUUGGAGAUGGUGGGAGAAGAAUUUCUGGACCGCAUAGAUUUCUUUAAGAACUCCUGGUUGCCGGCCCGCACAGUCGUGGAGGAAGCUGUUAAAACCAGACAUGAGGUGGAUCCCAGUGGGGAGAUCCUGCUGUUCUCCCAGGGAGGAUGUCCGUGGAAGGAGCAUUUGCUUUCCCUGGAGAAGGAGCUCCAGGUCGAAACGCCAAUCAAAUUCGUCCUCUAUCCGGACCAGAACGGCCAGUGGAGGGUCCAGUGUGUUCCGGCUGGCCUCAACACCUUCCAGAACAGGCUGUCCCUGCUGGAGGAGUGGCGGGGCGUGCGUGAUGAAGCGCUGUCGGAGCUCAGCGGGAUCAAAGGUUGCAUCUUCGUCCAUGCUGGAGGAUUCAUCGGCGGCAACAAGACCCAGGAUGGAGCUCUGGAGAUGGCGCGCAGGACCCUCCAGGCGGCAGCACAGUCCCCCACGAACGGAAGCAGCUGACCGCUCAGAAACCGGAGCCAAGCCUCCAGUGUCGGCAUGGAGAGGCAGGAAGGAUUAAGAUGUUUGUAAGUGAGUGGCUGACUCACCAGAUUAUGGAUCCAGAUGCCAGAUCAGUCUCUCCAAAAGCCUUUCAGAGUGCGACUGAAUGAACCAACAGCUUGCAUGUUUGUGUUUGAAAUAAAAAUUGG